AUGCGCGGCGGCAUGACGGCGGGCGUCGGUGGCGGGGUGGUGGCGUCGAGAUCCGGCGUGGGGGGCUACGUGGUGCGGGCUUCCGUGGCGGAGGCUCUGGUGUGGCCUGGUGCGGGAGCUAGGGGCGCCGCCGGCGGGCUGGUGGCCACGUGGGGCUCGGCCUCUGUCCCAAUCCGGCCAGAUCUGUGGCCUGGAGGCCGGCUUACGACGCGGGAGCGGAUGGUGGCGGCGGAUAUGGGGCUUCGGGUGGUUGCUUGCCUGGGCGGGCCUCUCGGCUGGAAUCUGGCGGGCGGCGCGGGUGGGGGCAGUGGCCCGGCGUGGUUGCUACUCCGGCCGUGGGUGGCCGCGGUGCUGCAUGGUCCAUUGGCGGCCAUCCGGUGGCACGGCGACUACACGGUUGAUUGGCAGCUCGGACCGCGGCGACGGCUGGUUCUUCUCCGGCAUCGACGACUUGGGCAGCCAUCAUACACUGAGCAUCCAACUUGUGAGCAGGAAGUUGGAGAGCUUGCACCCAGUGGUGGUGAACUGGUGCUCUUGUUGAGGAACCUCCUAGCUUUGCUCCCUGAGGCAAAUUCAGAGGCAGUGGAAGAUCUGCCGAGCAAGGAAGAUUCAACAACGAUUGUGGAGGUGAUGGCCUCCAGCAUCCAUGAUUCCACUAUGGAGCCUCUCCCGGUAAUCAUGAACCCUCUGCUCCUAUCAUCAGCAUGCUCUGGCUCUUGGCCGGAAUUGGAGUUUCUUCUCAACAGGGGAAUCGAUCAAGCACAACCUUCCAUUAUGCCUAGUCAAGCAUUCCUUGACCUGCUUAUGGCCUACGGCUCUGACAGCUGCAUCAACAAAAGCGCAUCGGCGCAGCAAGUUUCCGAUGAUAUCGAAGCAUUUCUUAAGCUGCCUUCAACUCUGGUGUCACUCCUGGAUGGGGUCACCACUGACGGGGGCACUGUACUCCAUGUCGUGGCCACCUAUGGCGACAGUGAUGGCUUCUUGAAGAGUGUUGACAUCAUCCAUAGCAGGGAAAAACACCUCCUGUUUGCGCAAAACAAGAACGGCGACACGCCCCUGCACUGUGCUGCACGAGCUGGGAUGUUCCGGAUGGUCUCUCAUCUCAUUAGUUUGGCCAGAGAUGAGCAUGCAAGUGUUAACAGAGUGAAGGAAUUCCUGGAAAUGGAGAACAGGCUUAAGGAGACAGCACUGCAUCAGGCAGUCCAUAUUGGGGAUAAUGGCAUAGUCAAGCUGCUAAUGGAGGCAAACUCAGAGUUGGCCAGUUUUCCGAAAUCCGGCACUUCACCUCUGUACCUAGCCAUCUUGCUGGAAGAGGACAUCAUUGCCGAGACACUUUAUAGUGCAAGCAACAUGAAGCUUUCCUACUCUGGGCCUAAUGGACAGAAUGCGUUGCAUGCCGCAGUUCUUCGAGGCAGAGAGCUUACGGAAAAGGUCUUGGAAUGGAACAGUGAUCUCACUACAUAAACAGAUGAAAGAGGGAGUACACCUCUCCAUUUUGCCGCAGCUCUGGUGGGGCAAAGUUUCCGAGGAAGUGUAUGUUGCCAAGUAUUGGAAGCUAACUCAACUGCAUUGUAUCAAUCAGACCACAAUGGAUUAUAUCCAGUACACGUCGCUGCCUCUGUUGGUGAAAGAGGGACAGUCAUCAUGUUUCUUAACAAGUCUCGCUGUCUCUGUUGGUGAAAGAGGGACAGUCAUCAUGUUUCUUAACAAGUCCCCAACCAGCGCGGGUUUGCGUGACACUAUGGGAAGGACAUUCCUUCAUGUGGCUGCUGAGAAAAAGAAAGUCGGGAUAAUCAGUUUUGUUUGCAGAAAUCGAUCGCUCUCAUGGAUUUUGAAUAUGCAGGAUAAUGAUGGAAACACAGCACUGUAGCUAUCCAGACAGGGAGUCUUCCAAUAUUUUGUGCUUUGUUAGGUAAUCAGCAAAUACGUUUAAACUUAUCAAAUAAGAAAGGGCAAACUGCUCUAGAUACAUCAGAGUAUAAGAUCCCCUCGGUAUUUUUUGAUGAUCAGAACAGUGAAGCCAGGAUACACUUCGCACUUAAAGUCGUUAGUGCAAGGAGUGGUGGUUGUCGCCGGGAUCACUUUGAAGAAAACUACAAUCGCCAGUUAAAACAUUAUGAAAAAGAAGAAUUAGCGAAGGUGAAAGAUUCAACACAAACAUUGUGUAUUGCUGUAGUUCUAAUUGCAACUAUGACGUUUGGUGCUACUUUUGCCCUUCCUGGAGGUUACAGAGCCGAUGAACAUACUAAUAGAGGCACGCCGACACUUUCUGGUAGUUAUGCUUUUGAUGCAUUCAUAAUAGCCAGCACACUCUCUUUCAUCUUGUCUGCGAUGGCUAUAGUAGGUCUCAUAUAUUCUGGAUACUACUCACACAGUCGCAAAAUUUACUUACUCGUAGCCUUGAAUUUUGGAGCAACAUCAGUCACAUGUUUCACAGCAGCUUUUGCACUAGGCUUGUACAUGGUGCUAGCGCCAGUUGCUCAUAAGUCUGUCGUCACUCUCUGUGUCAUUAUCCCCCUUGUUGUUCUAUGCAACAAAAUUGAAUUUUUGGUAAAGUGGGCUCUUCUGGCACGAUCAUUAUGUACUCGAAUUGGGCUAAUUCGCACAUUGGUAAUAUUAGCAACAAGAAUCCUUUGCAACCUGCUGAUGGAAUUUUGGCCCAUCAUAUUCAUAUUUGUUUGGGCCAUAUAUACAAGGAACUAGGCUUAUAAUUGGAA